AAGCAGUACACCUGGAGCUCAGCUGUUGCUAUUAUCAAAUCUCAGCCGGUCAAGAAAUCUAACAAUGGGAAGUUAUAUUAUUGUGCGUCGACUGUCAACGCAACCCAAAUUGGCCAAUGCGGCAAAGAAGAAAUGGAAAAGUGUCGUUGGCUUGGAGGUGCACGCACAGAUUGCAAGUGCUUCAAAACUAUUCUCCGGCAGUGCCACCAGCUUUGGAGCACCUCUUAAUACAGCAGUUGCAUACUUUGAUGCGUCUAUACCAGGAACUCUACCGGUUCUCAAUAGAAAAUGCGUAGAGUCUGGUAUAAAAACUGCGUUGGCACUAGGCUGCCGGGUGAACGAGGUGUCCAUGUUUGAUCGGAAGCACUACUUUUAUGCAGAUUUACCAAAUGGAUACCAAAUUACACAACAACGCGCCGCGCUGGCAAAUAAUGGUGUAAUGACAUUUCCAGUCAUAACGCCGGGCAAAAAGAUUUACUAUAAAUCUGUCAACUUGUUACAAUUACAAUUGGAACAGGACAGUGGCAAAUCGUUGCACGACGAGCAGCUCAAGAGAAGCUUAGUGGACUUGAAUCGAGCUGGUCUGCCGUUAAUGGAGCUGGUCUUUGGCCCAGAUUUGGAGACUGGCGAGGAGGCUGCUUCAUUAGUGAAAGAGUUGAUGCUUAUAUUGAGACGACUACAGACCUGUAGCUGUAAAAUGGAGGAGGGCGCACUGCGUGUAGAUGCCAAUAUAUCAAUACACCAGGAGGGCGAUCCUUUCGGGGUACGCACAGAGGUCAAAAACAUUGGCUCCGUGCGCAGCAUAUCCCAGGCAAUAUCAUAUGAAAUCAAUCGUCAGUUGGAGCUCGUUGCCGAGGGCGGUGUGGUAACAAAUGAAACGCGCUCAUGGGAUGCAGAGAACAGACGCACAAUUGCAAUGCGAGAUAAAGAAGUGCUACAGGACUAUCGCUUUAUGCCGGAGCCCAAUUUGCCACCAUUACAUGUUAAUCUCAAGCCAGGUGCAAGGUCAACCGAACACUUAAUAUCGGUAGCAGCCCUAAGUGAAGAAUUACCAGAAUUGCCUGAACAUACACGUCAACGCCUUAUGGAAUAUUAUAAACUUAAUGCGGAGGCAGCUAUAAUUUUGGUGAACGAACCUAUCCUGCUGGAACAUUUUGUAAACAUCACCAAAAGUCUACCUGAUAUGCCAACCAAAGUUGUAACCAAUUUUCUUAUUAACGAUUUAAUGUCGUACUGCAACAAGCUUAGUUUGGACAUAGCAGAUUGCGCCAUCAAUGCCAACGCCUUGAAGGACAUCUUAAAAUCGUUACAUGCUGAGCACAUCAAUUUGCAAGCAGCUCGCCAACUUAUUCCACUUUUACACACGAAUCCAGACGCUGAUGUCAGCCAACUUAUUAGACAACACAAUUUGGAACAGAUUUCAGAUCUGAACACCAUUGAGGCUUAUUGCCGCGAGGCAAUCGCAAAUCAGCCAAAAACUGUGCAGCAAUACCAAAAAGGCAAAUCGAAAGCCCUUUAUGCCAUUGUCGGUGAAGUGGCUAAGCUGUCCGAACAAAAGGCGAAUAUGAAAAUCGUCGUUGAGUGCUUGGAGAGACUGUUAAAAAAAUAAAUAAAACGCACUUUUAAAGUGUUAUUGGACGUGUUUAUUUUUGUAUAUAGUUUAUAAAAUAUGCUGUAAGUUGUUGAACACAAACUGUAUUUAAAAUGUAUGUAUGUUAAAAGUUGAAUGUGUUGUUGUGCCGACUAUGUGUCCAUGUCAAUAUCAAUGCAUACAAUGUUAUUGAAAUUAUUAUGUGAUUGGUUUUUAGCUCAUAUAUGAUAUUAAUGCAGUUCUUUGCUCUCCUACCUUUCGAGGAGUAGCGGAACUUGUGACCCUUUAAUGUAUAAUAUUGUAAAAUAUGUUUUUUUGUGUCAUAAAUGAAUAUCCAAUUCAGGAUGCGAGAUAAUGGAACGCACUAUAUUCGAUUGUCUACAAGGCAGACAAUGAACAGCUAGAAUUGUACUUGAAGCACUUCAAGGUUUAUGAAUGCAGAUGCUGGUGAACUAAAUAUUAUUUAAUUACGAUAUCUUUAGUAAUCUAAAGCGUUUGCCUCAAAAUAAAUGCACGUACUUUGCCUUACGCUGGCAGUGAACGUUACGUCU